CAACUUCAACUUCAUCUUACAUUACUAAAGAGAAACACUUGGAGAAACAUCCUUUCACCGUGGCGUAUCCCUCCUCUCCGAACCCUUGUAUCGCACAGGACUUGAUCUCUGAAUCGACCUUGGCUUCGGAGCGUACAAGAUCACGAAUGCGCAAUGAAAUGAGGAGACUGGUAUUGAAACGUCGGAGAGGAGGUGACAACACAUUUAGACAAAGAACUGACUUCCGGCACUGGCCGAGUCGAUGAAUUAAAGCAUUGUUGGUGGGAUUACACCCUGAUUCAAUCGGAUACGAAAUUUUGAGUAAUUCAUCUACGUUGAAUACUUGAAAGUCGACGGCGUUCGAUCGUGCUAUGGAUGACACGUGACCGCGUCAUUGCAAUUGAGCGGCCGACAUCACCUCUCUUCACUCGUUAGGCCCCGCAACACGGGUGAGAGACAAUAAGUCAACACCGUUUCCUCACAUCGCCAUCGAUCCUCCACCACCCGCCUUGCGAUGCCGUCUCCCAAUCCCGUAGCCACCGGAUACUACAAAUACACCGAAAUUUGGUUCACGGACGGCAGCGCUUCCAGACGAGCAGAGGGAUCCCUUGAAAGCCGUGUUGGCCCACGAUGCCUUGGUCGACCCUCAGAAUCCUCUCCACGUCGAUGGUGUAGAUGGGGUCUCUCUGUUCAUUGGAACUUUCCCCAGUGGCGAAUCGAAACUUUUCUUCUCAUCCGCACAGGUUGACUACACCCGGUACUGGCUGCAUGCAAUGAAGCUCACCAAAGAGAUGAUUCCCCUCCCGUCAAUGAAUUGUCUGUACACAGCAGCAGAUUUCGCUAGCGUGUCUCCUGUGAUCUACAGCACCGGCGGAGCGCUCAAGUCAGCAAUCAAGGGAAUAGAUAAGAAUAACAAACGUCUGAAGGGCUCCAACCCUGUCCUCACGUCUCGUCGAGAGUACUUCGAGCGCGUCAGAAAGCUCCGGCAGGCCAAAGUGGGCACGUGGCUUGCCCUUGACUUUGAAGAGUGGGAGCGCGACCAUUCCAUCGUGACUGAGCUAGGCUAUAGUCUGUCCCAAUGGCAGGCGAACGGCGAGAGCGAAGAUACCAGUGUCCACUUCAUCGUCAAAGAGCAUAGGAUGUAUACCAAUGGGAGCUAUGUUCCGGAGAAACGCCUCCAUUACAACUUCGGAGUUAGUCAACAGAUCUCCACGUCCGAGCUUUCAGCCUCACUUUCUGAGAUGAUCGACUCCUUGCGUUCUUACGGUCCACUUUUCUUGGUUUUCCAUGAUCCUAGUCAAGACCUGAAGACACUGGAGAGAUUGAAGAUCCCGCUUGAGGACAAGAAGAUCGAAUUGCCCGAGACUAUUCCUACGUCAGGCCUCUUUGUUGUCGACACCGCUAUCUUAUUUGCAGCCCUGGAAGGACAAUCGCACAGCACGCGCAGUCUCGAAAGGGUUUGCAACCACCUGCAAAUCGAAACGAUGAAUCUUCACAACGCCGGCAACGACGCCUAUUACACUUUGAAAGCGCUGUGUUCGAUGGCGGAGGGUGAUCCUCUGGAUGCUCAGCGCGAAAAGCGCUGGCCCAAUCACACUCCUUCCGGAGUCACGGUCAAGUUCCAAGCUCACGAGGAAGACGAAGAUUUUUCAGACCAGGAAGGCCUUAUGGGGAUUUAGGCGAAACAUGAAUCAAUCUGUAAUACGACGUAGCUGUUCUCUUUGCUUGUACAUCAACAUCCGCCUGUUGUUCAACUUCCACGAUCCAUGUAUUCUAGUAUUUGAACCUGUGCUAUCCUCCCGCGAUGUACUAUUGAUGUGCUUAUAUUGUUUUGCAAUAUCCACGGAGCGCAGUCCAUGCUCACUGUGUGCGUGAAGGAUUCAACAGUCAUCAACAAGCCUUCAACGCGUCUUGAAUGACCGUGACCUGGGCACAUUUGCUCUCAAGACGAAUGUUCUCACCUCUGAAUCUCUUCAACAAGACGCCAUGUCCAGACUUACCCCGCUGCUCUCGGGUUCGCUGUAUCUUCAGCCACGACGCCAAUCUUCCUCCUCCACCAGCGCUCGUCGUGCCUGUGCACACGCCACCCCUUCCUUUGAACUCUGUUCCAUCCCCCGCCGCGCCAAGACCAGUUCCAAAAACAGUUCCCGCAAAGCGUCCAGUCCCCAACUCACCUCUAACCCCGUCCUUGUCGUCUCCUGUAUCUGAACCUCCACGAAAGCAACAGAAGAUCGCCGCGAACAAGUCUACGCCAGCCCCAUCUGCCUCUGCGUCUACAAGCCGGCUACCCACUGCUGGAACGGGUCCUCCGGUUCUCCGUGUCAAUGGUGCCGCUUCGAUUAUCGCAGUGCCCGUGAGACAGGCUAUGCUCAAGACGUUGUACGAGCACUUCGCAAUCCUUUAUCAGGGCAUUUUGGCCAACAAUCCCACACUUGCAUCUGAUCAUGCGUUGCGGCAGGAGGAGGAGGUUUACAAGAAGACAAAUAAGCAGACAUAUCGAGUGUGCGCUGCAGCUUUGAAGCGACGGACGCGACCGACUUCCUCCUCCGACCCUUCUGUAGGCACCGAAGACGAGGUAUCAGCUCGUGCCGAAGCCUUGAAGAAGCGACAGACUCUGCAUGUGACUCGGGCCCACGUCGAGCAUCUCAUCCACUCCCGAGAAACACUUGAAAAAUGGGGAUUCAUCAUGGAUAUACCAGCUGGUGUCGGAGGAGACAUGCCCAGUGCGGAGAAUCAGGUGCUCCCCUGUGAGCGAUGUGGACAGAAAGUCCCAGUUAGACGGAAAGAGGAUGCUGAUGAAUGCUUCUAUCACUGGGGCAAACCCAUGUCUAGUAAAGCUAGCGGUCAGAAGAUCAGGGUCUACAGGUGUUGCGGGAAGAUGGCUCCUGACGACGACGGUUGUGUUCGCGGUCCCCAUGUUUUCUACGAAUCAGAUCCUGAACUUCUGCAUGCAAGACACGCGUUCUCCUAUUUGAAGCCUCCCCCAUCCGCCCAGACUGUGCUGGAUGUGGCUGCUUUGGACUGCGAGAUGGUUUACACGACUGGAGGGAUGCGGGUCGCACGAGUGUCCGUCAUCGAUGGCUCAGGCGCGGAGGUCUUCGAUGAACUCGUGCGCAUGGACCCAGGAGUCGAGAUCAUUGAUUUCAACACCCGUUUUUCUGGAGUGACUGCUGAAGCGUACGCAAAAGCUACUCGCCCGCUCGCUGAAAUACGAGAAGCACUCGACAAUCUGAUCAACGCCGACACGGUCCUGAUCGGGCAUGGGCUGGAUAACGACCUGAACACUUUGCGUAUAGAUACCGAAGCCAGCAUGAUUGUGUUGGUUAUCUUGACAGUUGCUGUUGAUCUUGAUCUGAAUGGAAGCGAUGAUGCCUCCGUAUUGUUCUCUUUCACCCCAACGCUCACCUCAUUUUCAACCUCAAGUCGCAAUCCUAUCCUGAAGACAUCAUUUGGAUGUCGUUGCAAGCUCACGAUACGAACCCACACAGACCCGACGCGGAUGAGUUCCGCAGCUUCGAGUUCCAAACGAUUGGAAAACAGCCUGGACUAUUGGAGCGCAUGUCGCACCGAGAAGCUGGAGCCCGCUAUACGCUCUCCUCCCAGUUCAAGAAUCAGAUCCAACUGCCCACCCGAAUGGGGCACUUGCCCGAACGAAUGGCCCCCAGAGCACGCGCUGCAAGACCCUGAGACACCAAGCACCGACCCUGCUGUUUCAGAGCAACGUCGCUCUCCCAAUCGGUUUCUUCCUCGGACACAACCACUGACAGAUACAUCUCCGUCUUCUUUUUCUCCUUUGUCUUCCUAUCUCCCUGACUACCCCGCGCUGAAGGAACUGCACACACGACUGGAGAUGUCAUAUCGAGUGCUGGCUAUCCCCCCUGUUCCGAAGAGGAUCCCGACCCCUCCCCCCGAUCUUUCCCUUUCGUCACUCGAUAAGACCAUCCAGACUGCGAAAUUGGGCUUGACAUCCACUACGGAAGCCGUCGCGAGUGCCAAAGCUCGCGUGCUAACAGCCGAACAGAAUGUGGCUGCAGCUCGAGCACUAGUUGAUAGCUUAAAGCAAGCCCUUGACUCCGCGUCAACAUCACUGAAGAGUGCCGAGGCAACCCUGACUGAUGCUGCUCGGCAUGCUUCGGACGUGAAUGCGACGAACGAGAGCUCGAAGCAAACCCUAGGAUCGCUCGAAGAGACCAGAAGGUUGAUGCUUGAAGAACGCCAGCCCCGUCCUCGUUCACCGAGCCCUGCUCCGCCGAAGCAGAUUAUGGGUGUGAUGAAGAAGGAUCUGGAUGCAUUUCGCACGUGGAUUGAUGAACAGGAACAUGGACAUAAGUCCACGUUAGCCACGCAUGGGGUGAAGGGAGUUACCACGCGUCCACCGGAGGAAGAUGCUGCUCAAACACUGGUCCAGUUCGCUCUGGCUUCGCAAGGAGAUCAUGCCGUAGCGUCCGACGUACCGAUGACUUUCCCGGAUUCCGAGUCUCUUGCUCACGAAGCCGCGCUUCGCAAGAGUCAGGAGAUAAGACGCGAACAAAUCCGUCUGCAGAAGGAGCAGGCGCAAGCCGCUGCUGCCCUUUCUAUUCUGAAGGAGAGAGAGGACCAUGUACAAGAAUUCGCAGCCCCGUCCGUCGAUAUAGCGACUACCUCAGCCCCGCCGUACCAGCCCCAGCCCAAGAAGGGGAAGCCGACAUCCGGUGGUGUCAAGCUAGGGCUGUCCGCUGGUGCUCCAUCAGUGACCGAGUUUUCGACCGAAGUCGAACGUGCUGCUGCUCUCGGACUUCGUGUAGUCUAUUCAACACCGCCAGAGCCGAAAUCAUCAUCGCCUGAAGAAUUUUCGGCGCAUCGCACGGGGUCCGAUGGCGGCAAUCUCCCGAUCUUGCAGCCUCAAGCUCAUCGCAGACUGUCGGAUGCUCAGGUGGUGGAUUUGCGGACCACAUUGCGGGGACCCAGCCUUCCACCAGUCGAGCAUCUGCCGCAGGCUCGAUCUCCUUCACCCCAUCACACAUUUAUCAAAAUGGAGGAGACGGAUCGAAGGGAACUUCUUCACCGUUCUUCGAUUGUUUCUCAGAACACUGUUCAAAAGAACACCCCGAAAGUUGUCGCACCGAAGGCAGUCACUUCCAAAGUCGUCACACAGCACGCCCCCAACAAGAGCUCUUCCAAAGUCGUGGCUCCUCAGGUUGUAGCACCCAAGAAAGCUGCUUCUGCAAAGGCCGGCGCCGCCCAACCUAACACUGCAACUGUAUCAAAGAAAUUGGCUGGCGCGAACAAGCAUCAUAGUCCUCCGCCUCGUGAACGGUCCAGGAGCCCGGACCAGUAUCGAAACAGGCCACCGAGCCCGUCUGGAUGGAUGCCCCCACGGAUAAGUGAUCAACAUCCGCCUCCUUCCGCCAGCAUAUGCAAGAUUCACUCCCAACUGGCCCGCGCCAAAGGUUGUCCAAACGUACCCGCGCUGAAGACGACUAUGGGACUCUGGCGAAGCGCAUGA